AGCGUGCAGAAAAAGGUGACGGAUCGAGCUGCUGACGCUUCCGGUCAGAGGAAGCUGAAGCAGAUGUCUGAGGAAUACAAACGCGCCGUCCAGAAAAAUGAACUCCUCGAGAAGCAAAUUAAACACUUUGCCGUCGCUGAUGCUAAAAGGUUAAAGGACGUGUGGCUGGUGUCUGAAAAAGAGGUGAAGGAGCAGGUGGAGAGGGUUUUGGACCUGGACUCGCUGAUCUGCAGGCGGGUCCUCGGUUUGUCCUGGGAGCGUCCUCGUACGGAGUUCACGGAGCGCUCUGGUCCCGUCCGGCCUCAGGGACAGAGCGUGUCCCGGCUGUCUCACAGCGAGCCGGAGUCUGAGUGCAGCCAGAGGACGAUGGACAUCUGUGUCCGAGCUUCAGAGGACAGAGACUUCUGGGAGAGAAUGUCCAACAUCAUCUCUGAGGACAAACUGAAGCUCUGGGACGACACCGAGGACGCACUGAAGCAGUACCAUUGUGUCCUGACGGACGUGUCCGCGCUCGCCGCUCUCACGGAGACUCUGCAGCGCGAGAACGCGGAGCUGCGGAGGCAGCUGGAGGCUUUGCAGGACAAAC